AUGCCACCACUGCAGCCCUGCGCCCCGCCAAGCCAACCCCGCCCCCGCCGCCGCACCGGUGGGGAGCGUGGUGCUUGUGGUGCGGUGCCGGGCGCGGGGCUGCUUAGUCACUUGCAUUUGCUGAGCCGCGGCGCCGCAGCACUAGAGCUCUCCGUUGUGAUCCAGGCCGGAGCCGCCGUGUCCCCCACUGACCCUGCCCCCCCAACCCCCGCCGCCCCGCCGCCACGCCGCCCGGAGCUGCCAGGACCGCUGGGCCGCCGCCAUGGCUCCGCGCCUCAGCCGCGCAGGAUGCCAGGGCACGCCGGGCUUCCUGACGUGGUGGUGGCGGCGGCAGCAGCGGUUAAUGCAUGGCGGCGCGGCGCGGCGCGGCGGGCCGGGGCGGUGGGCCGGGGCGACACAGGCAGGGGGGAGGGGGAGGUGCCCCUCACACCAAUACUUUAG